CGAAGGACGAACCAUGUCCGCCAAAGCCGCCAACAGGCGAAAUUAAAAAAAAAAAAAAUCAAAGCCACAAAUUGACAGUUUUCAGCAACAUCAUCUUCCAAUUAGGGUUUAUCAUUCAACUGCCUCCAUAAACCCCCAAAUUCUCUUACAAAUCCUACUAAACAGUUGAACAAAGUCCACCAAUGGAAUCCAACGGAGGAGCUGACGAAUCAUCCCGAUUGCUUCACGAACUCCAGUCGUUGAAGGAUUCGAAACGAGACAUCGAGGCUCGAAUAUCGGUUAUCGAAGCUCAACUUCAACAAAUUCAAUCAAAUCAACACUCAAAUAACGAAUCACCCGCCGUUAGUUCCAACGGAGUCUCUGAAUUUGGUCAUGAUUUGACUCCAGAUAUGAUUUACAGAUACAGUCGUCAACUGUUACUCCCAUCAUUUGGUGUUCAAGGGCAGUCAAAUCUGUUAAAAUCAUCCAUUUUGGUUAUUGGAGCUGGUGGUUUGGGAUCACCUGCUUUGUUGUAUCUAGCAGCCUGUGGUGUUGGUAAGUUAGGUAUGGUGGAUCAUGAUGUCGUUGAGCUGAACAAUCUGCACAGGCAGAUUAUUCAUGGUGAAGCAUAUAUAGGAAAGUCUAAAGUAGAAUCUGCUGCUGCAGCUUGCCGUUCCAUUAAUUCCACCACUGAAAUAGUGGAACACAAAGAGGCUUUACGUACAUCGAAUGCUAUAGAGAUUGUGAGCAAAUACGACAUUGUAAUAGAUGCAACAGAUAAUGCUCCUAGCCGAUAUUUGAUCAGCGACUGCUGUGUUCUACUAGGAAAGCCUCUUGUAUCGGGUGCUGCACUGGGUUUGGAAGGACAGCUUGCGGUUUACAAUUACAAUGGUGGCCCGUGUUAUCGAUGUCUGUUUCCUACCCCACCACCUACAACAGCAUGUCAGAGAUGCUCUGACAGUGGUGUUCUAGGUGUAGUUCCCGGUGUUAUUGGUUGUCUUCAAGCCCUAGAGGCUAUCAAGUUGGCAAGCUUAGUUGGCGAGCCACUUUCUGGAAGGAUGCUUCUUUUCGAUGCACUAUCAGCCAAAGUUCGCAUUGUAAAGAUUAGAGGAAGGUCAUUACAAUGCGAAGCUUGUGGAGAAAAUGGAUUGACGCAACAACAGUUUCAACAGUUUGAUUAUGAGAAAUUCACUCAAUCACCAUUAGCUGUGGCUCCUUUGAAGUUAAAAUUGCUGACAUCAGACUCUAGAAUAAGCAGCAAGGAAUACGACGAGUUGAUUAAGAAGGGCUCGCCACAUGUGCUAAUCGACGUACGACCAUCUCACCAUUACAAGAUCACUUCCCUUCCCAAAUCCAUAAACAUACCUCUUGCAAGUUUGGAAUCUCGGAUACCCGAGGUAUCAUCUGAGUUGAAAUCUGUGCAAGAAAGCAAUGGAACUCUUAAUGGUUCAGAUGCUGGUCUGUAUGUAGUAUGCAGAAGAGGUAAUGAUUCACAAAGAGCUGUUCAGUUGCUUCAUAAGCUGGGGUUUACUUAUGCAAAGGAUAUUGUUGGUGGGUUGGAAUCAUGGGCGCGUGAAGUGGAUCCGAAGUUUCCGACCUAUUAGUAUGUUUGUAACAUGAAGCGACCAAUGAUCGACUGUGUUUUAUUUUUAAAUUAUGACGAGGAAUCGAGUAUAAAUACUUUAUAGUAGAGUUUUACGAGGCUACGCUAUUACGAU